AUUCACUGUCCAGCUUCCCAUUCAAGCAUCUACAUAUGAGAGGUAGGUACAUAGGAAAUGGAGCCGGCUAUCCAUGACAACGUACUGCUACUACCAUGGCACCGAUCCGGAGAUACCUUCGCAUUACGAAGUAUUCUGUGAUAGAAUGUCGAAUCUAUCUUGAUAAUCCUGGACUUGUGCAUACUUGGCUGCUCAGCCCACGGACAUCAAUCCUGCCGAGAGUCAUUGAGAGCGUGCGGCCGUACGUUCUACCCAAACUGCGAGAGGAGCGCGAGCGGAGUCGCAAGCGCAGCACCAAGAAAAAGGGGAUCAAGGAUGUGGUUAUCGAAGAUGAUUUUGAGGUCUCUGUAUUCCUCACCGAAACAAGUACACGCCACACGCUAGUCACCAAACACAAGCAUUUCCAUGAUACGACACAGACCAAAUUGAAGUCUAAUUCGGGCCGCCUCAUCAGCGAGGCCACUGACGCCCCUAUCGGCCUGGAUAUGGCCGCAGAGUCGGCCCCCGUCAUACUGCGAGAGGAGAGCGAAGACGAGGAUACUGCGGUUGCACUGGCCGAUAUUCCGGCAGUGGACGAGGCAGCGCCUAACAACGAGACGAGACGGCCGAAGCGCACACGCAGCAACACCCAUGCCGAUGCAGAUGCAGACAGCACUGCAGGCUCCAUUUCAGGCGACCAAAACAAUCAGGUGGAGGUCAUAUCAGAUGAGGAUUAUGCAGACGAAGAUGACGAUGGCCUGUUUGUACAAAGCCCUGCAAGGGAAUCCCCGCCAGCAAAACGCCGGAGACCUGCUAGUGCACAAAUUCCGGCAGAGAAUAACGGCGAGGACAAGAAGAAGCUGACCAUGGACAUCUCAUACGAAGGAUUUUCUAUUUACGGGCGUGUACUCUGUUUAGUUGUCAAGCGCAGAGAUGGUGGUGGUGCCGAUCGCGCGGAACGGAACGCCAAUGUAUCCGCGCCGAGUGUGGGAGGGAGCGGAAACAACCGAGCCAAGGCUGCGAGCCGUGGUCGAGGACAAGCUAUGAUGGAGGAUUUCAUUAUAUCAACACAAAUCCCAGCGGGUACGGAUGUGUCGUAAGAAUGCAUAUCAGCAACGGGAUAUAGCCAGUUGCAAAAUGCUCGAGGAUACACAGCAUAUGUCGAGAUGCAUGGACAUUCCGUCCUCCUGCGCACAUCAGCCCACGCG